AUGUGGAAGAGACACUGGAAGGUCUGCCAGGGGCUCUUCUUGGCGACUUGCUGUGUGGCUUUCUCUGGGACGAUGUUCCCCUUGAUUUCUUUAGCCGUGGGGGAAAGGAGAAAACGGGAUACGGCGCCGUCGCCCUCACCCGUCGUGAACUUGCACGUGGACUUGCCCAACACGGACAAGUACAACGCGAAGGCUUCGCGCAUGCAAACGAGAGAACUUCAAGACACAGUGAACACGGGGCAGCGCAAAUUUGAAGAAGACAUUUUCGGUAACUUUAACUUCAAGUUCACUUCCUCAACUUGA